GAAAAUUUGUGUGGCAUGUUUAAUUUCUCAACUAUUGGUCACACCAAAUAAUAGACCUACCUUUUUUGCAAUAUUUUUCCAAAGAUAAACUUCCGCUAGAUAGAAAUACUAGAAAAUAUGUCCGAAUUGCAGGAAUUCAACCAGGCCGCCGAGGAUGUGAAGAAUCUGAACACCACACCCGCGGACAAUGACCUUUUGGAGCUCUACAGCCUGUACAAACAGGCCACAGUGGGGGAUUGCAAUACUGAUAAACCCGGCUUCCUGGAUUUCAAGGGUAAGGCCAAGUGGGAGGCAUGGAAUAACCGCAAGGGAUUGAGCAAUGCCGAUGCCCAGGCCGCCUACAUUACUAAGGUCAAGGCCUUGAUCGCAGCCGUGGGCCUAAAGUCCUAGAUUUAAUCUCCAAAGGAUACUGCAUUGAUAUUGCAUUUUAAAAUCUCAGUUGUCGUCAAACGCACAAUUUUCGAUUUUCCAGUGUACACGCACAAUAUACACCACUAUAACGCGUAA